GAAACGUUCAUCAUUCCGACAUUCGCGGUUGUCCUCCUCGUCGGUGGAUUCCUCCUUGAGUCCUUCGGCCGGGACUUCGUGUCGGAUUCUUGCAGAACGUGACGCUCGCUCGCGUUUUGUGUUCGGCUGCGUUUUGUUUGGCGGCGGCGAAUGUAGUAGUAGUAGCAGCUCCGUGUCGCGGACGCGCCGCUUCUCUCCCUCAGUCAGACUCGGUGCGCUCGCGUUAGUAUCAAUAACACAUUUAACACAUUUAUAAAUCAUAAUCGCUGCAUUAAUUUAAUGUUAGCGCUACACUCACGUCGCUGCAGUGGCGCGAUCCCGCUUUUAUUUGGCGGAUUCAGUUCCCCGCUUUUGCUCUGCAGACUCGAUGUGGCUCAUGAUUUGUCGAUAGUAAAACCGGCGAGUAACGGUGCCGUAGGUAGCGGGCCGCGCUUGUUCGCGCGCGUUUCCGCGCACCGCUAACUCGUCGUGUUCGAGGCGUUACACGCGCUGCUAAUAAUUCCUCUAAACCUACCUGGUCCUGGGGGGGUCCGUAACAACCGCUCAUUUUCACCGCGGCGCUAAUUAGAAUAUUUAAAUCAGCCGCUCUGAUAUAAUUUAUUUUUCCUUCUCUUGCUUCGUAUCUAAGCGUAAGGACGUUAUAAUUUCAAUUAACGGGGAGCUAUUCUUCCCAAGGCGCAGUGUCAAUUUUACAGUUGCCAAAAAAAUUAUAAAUUGCUUCACAGGGAUUAUUUUUCGCUGGAAGCUCUUGAAAUGUGUGCUGUAUACACUAAUACAGUGACAGUGCAGUGAGAAUUAAUUGAAUUAUGAGCAUUUCAUAACAAUAGAGACUUCUCUGGAAGGGAGGGUGGAGAAAUCCUUUAAAACUCCGUGUGAUCAUCUAUUCUUUGAGUGGGAUGCAGCUCUGAAGUAAGGGAAAAUAUACCUGCCAGUAAUGAUGACAUUUUAAACUUUUCUAGGUUGAAAGCCAAGUGUUGUGUGACAGGGUGGCCUGCAGUUCUCAUGCUGUAGUGAUUUUCAGUGAUUAAAACCCUGUGAUGCAUUUCAAAAUCCCAAGGGCUACAUUUCCCACUGCUCGGGGUUGGGCUCCGGGUCGGGAUCAGGGUUGGGGGGCUUCCGUCACAGGAGCGGCGGGGUUGCAUAACCCGGAUCUGUGUGAAGAGGUGUUCUGGUGCACACGCUGCAGCUGCUCCGCACAGCACAGUAAUUCUGCUUUUAGAAUCACGGGGCGGCAGGAGGUGUGUUGUCGCCCUGCAAUCCGGGCGAUCCGGGUUCGAAUCCCACUCCUGCUGUAGUGCCCUUUUUCAAUAGACUUACCCUGAUCUGCUCCUUUAAACAUGACCCUCCUGUAUAAAUGGGCAAAUCAUUGUCAAGUUGAUUAUCUAAUGCUGCGAGUCACCAGCAUCGGCUAAACGGAGAUUAAUAAUUCACAUUUCUUACUUUACCAGGUAUGUUUCUCCAAAACAAUGCACAAUGACUUAACAAUAUUGUUCAGAUGACGCCUUCAUCCGAGUGCUCAUCCCGUGACGCAGACACUACCGUACUGCGCUGCCCAGGAACUGUCGGACAGUCUUGGUGGUGAGACGAGCAAGCGGUCGUGGGCAAGGACUCUGUGGGAGAACCUCACCUGCACGUCUCCGCCCGGCUUACCCCUCCAGCAUGUCCACGGCCGUGGAUCACAGCCCUACCACCGGCGUGGUGACCGUCAUCGUCAUCCUGAUCGCCAUCGCUGCCCUUGGGGCCCUCAUCCUGGGCUGCUGGUGUUACCUGCAUUGGCAGCACAUUGGCCAGCCUGAGGAUGAAGAGAGCAUCGUGGGAGAAGGGGAGACAAAGGAGCCCUUCCUGCUGGUGCAGUACUCUGCCAAGGGCCCGCGAGCGGAGCACAAGACCAAGCUCACGCCCAACGGCAUUGAAAUUCACAGCUAACGGGUGCAUCGUCUCCUUCGAAAGUCGCACGCCGAGCUGCAGAACAACGUGGCUUUCGCUCGUAGCGCGUACCUUAGUAUGAAAGGCACGUGGGAUGUGCCAGAUGAAUUUUUUUUUUUUUCCCCCCCUACCACUCUGGAAGGAUUAAAAAAAAAAAAAAAAAUGAUGCACUCCCAACAUUAAGUCCACCUUGUUUGGAAACUGAAACUAACUGCUACCCUAAACCAGUGCAGACUAAUCGGGCCCUUUGUUGAGCAUUCGUUUUACUUUAUAUGUACUUGUAUUGUGAAUUGCACAUUGUUAUGGGCCAAAAAAAAAAAAAAAAAAAAACCUGUGAAAUGUGAUUAAUGGUAUUUGUAAGGAAUACUGGUCAGACAAAUGUUUGGAAUAUUGAAUUGCCGAUUGGUCCAAUUUGGAUCGCCAGAAAGGUCAAGUUGUUCUUUGCUCUGUAGAAGCAGAGGGAAUAUCUGACCAUGUAUUUCUUUUUCUAGUGAAGCUGCUGUUUGUUGUGUGAAAAUACUGCCGCAGUUCAAGGUUUGACUGCAGGCGCUACUUGUCCGACCGGGACCUAUGACCGAUUUCCAGGAUAAGCUAAAUGCCACAAGACUGGAUUAUCUUGAAGGUCCUUCGUGUUUGAAAGAAGCCGAUUGUUUGUUUGUACGUGGCCGUAUUUGAAUACGAUCAAUCGUUUGUCUAUGAAUUUUUGAUGUGCACUGUAUUAUACCGUAAGUAAGAAUCCACACUUCUCAAUUUGUAAUGCUGUCUAAGGUUAUUGGAUUUCUAAAAGUUUGUUGGUUAGAUCCAUAUUUUGUCAGAUUUUUGAAUGACUGAGCCAUUUUAAGAGGA